AUGGGGGAUUAUACGGUGAAAGUCGAAGAAGGAAGGGUUGCUGAUAAUGGGAAUCCUUCUGCGGGAGCAGUUUAUCGUUGCAUUUAUGCUAAAGAUGGUCUUAUGGAGAUACCCCCUGGUUUUGAAUCUCCCUGGGAUUUCUUCAGAUUUAACCCAGAUAUUGUUAACAUGGCAUUGUUUAGCUUUGUCUAUAAUGUUCCUUCGUUGACCACAGUGAAUCGGUUUCCCAAGAAUCCGGUGCUCGGCCGCCGUCUAAUCGCCGAUGGAAAGGCCGGUCCGUAUGCUUGGCUCACAUACCACGAGUGCCCGGAAUGGAUAAUUGCAAUUGAGGCUUGGUGCUGUUUAAGAGUAGGUGCAAAUGCAGUGGAGUACAUAAUCAACCAUGCUGAAGUUUCCAUAGCGUUUGUUCAAGAGAGCAAGUGGAUUGCAUUGAUAAACUGUACAGUGAAGCCAAAGGAACAAAGGCAUAAAGAACACCAUCAGAUCGAUCAAAGCUUCUAA